AUCUGUUGUGUGAGUGUGUCUUUCUUGAAUAGUGCAGUGUUGUCAAUUGCAGUUUGUUCAAAUUCCGUUACGCUACAGAACUAUAUAGCAUCACUAUAGUUGCUAAUUGACAAUAUUUUUUAUUGCGAAUAAUUGCAGUUUGUUUACAUUUUGCUGCAAUAUAACUGUAUAACGCCAAAAUAGCCGAUAGGACCGUUCAUGGUUCGGUUCAGGAAGGAAAUCAAACUAAAUUGAACCUUUACAACAGUUUGGUGAAACUUAACCGAACUGUUAGUGGUUUAUCUCGAACAGAAACCGGUGUAAAGGUUCGGUACACCAUUUAUGUGGUUUGGAACAAAACUGGAACUACUUGACAAAAAAUUGAAGUGUACAUUUUUGAACUGAACUGAUUCUAUAUUCAAUCUCGUGAAUCUGAUGGCUCACCUUAUGAAGACUCUCCAUGAACAAGUCUUCUUAAACAUUUCAUGUUUCUAUGACAGCCCCAAGUUGCUUAAACAUAAAUCAUGUUCUUAUGUUCCAAAAGUUGCCAAAUUUCAGAAAUAUAAUGGUGCCCUAUUGGCUAUGCAAGGAAACGGAGAGUUAGCAAGUCAUGUUGUGAACUCAUUCAACCAUAAGAUUUACAUUGAUAAUGGAGGAGAGUUGAAUGGUAUUCCUCAUAUACAAACUCUUAGAGAAUUUCCUAGGGAGGAGCUAUUUGGAAAAGUCGUCAUGGUUAGAUUUGAUUCUAACAUAUUACUCAAGCAAGAGUGUAACCAGAAGAAUCAAUCAGAUUUCAAUGCACUGUUUACGAUUAAAUAUUUACAUGAAGCCGGAGCAAAGGUCAUCCUGGUCAGUGAUUGGAAAACAAAUACUUCAGAACUUCGCACAAAAUCGGUUGCAGAUUUAUUAUCGGAAAUUCUUCAAAUACAAGUUGUUCCACUGCAAGGCGUUUCUUGUAAAAAGUUAUCAGAGAUUACAGGCCUCAAGAAAGAGAAUAUCUUUCUCCUUGAGAAUCUUUAUAAUAUCAAAGACGAAGUUGCUAACUGUUUGAAGUAUGCUAGAGAAUUAUCUUCAGGAGUUGAUAUCUUUGUCAACGACUCCUUCUCCAACUCUCAUAAAGUUCUAGCAUCAACUGUUGGUGUUACUCGAAUCUGCUAUGCUUGUGUUGCUGGUUUUCACUUCGAGGAGAAGCUUCGUCUCAUGAAGAAUUUAGCAGAAGCCAACAAGAAACCGUAUGUAGCAAUUAUUGGAGGUGGUAAUCUCGCCAAGAAAGCAGCUUCCUUUCGGUUUUUAGCCUCCAGAUGUCAGGGUUUUGUUUUUGUUGGAAUGAUGUCAUUUCAAAUAAUGAAUGCAUUAGGAGUACCAGUUCCUAUUGAUUUGGUGGUCCGUAAGGCAUUUAGCGAAGCUCAAGACAUAGUGAGACUUGCUCGCGAUAACAAUGUUACAAUAUUGUAUCCAAAAGAUUUUUUGUGCAGGAAUAAAACUGAUCCAAAACAAUUGCAUGUUUUUCCUUCUCGUGGACUUUUGGAUGGUUGGAUGCCUGUUGACCUUGGACCUGCAACAUUGGAUGAAAUAGGUUCCAUGCUUACCAUUUGUAAGAAAAUAAUUUGGAUUGGUCCGGUGAAAUUCGCUGAUCGAAGUGAACACACAAAUGGAGCAUCUAAAUUGGCAAAAGUUCUUGUUAAAUUAAGCCAAGGAAACUGUGAAACAACUGUCGUUGGGACUACAGCAUGUCAACUUGUGAGACAAGAAACAAGUUCAUUGUCUACUAUAAAUAUGGUAGAGAAUGCUUCGGUAGUAUGGGAAUUUCUCAAAGGAAGAAAGCUCCCUGGUGUUUUGGCUCUUGAUAGAGCAUACCCUUUUAAAAUCAACUGGAACAACGUUUACUCUGACGCAACUCAAUCUCUUGUGGUUGAUAUUGGAAGUGGCAAUGGACUUUUUCUCCUUGAAAUGGCAAAAAGGAGGAAAGAUUUGAACUUUCUUGGUUUGGAGAUGAAUGAAAAGCUUGUUUUGCGCUGUCUGGAUUCGAUUCAACAGUUUGACAUAAAGAAUGGGCACUUCAUUGCUACUAAUGCAACAUCAACAUUUCGUUCAAUCGUUUCUUCUUACCCUGGAGAGUUGGUUCUUGUAUCAAUACAGUGUCCAAAUCCUGAUUUCAAUAAACCAGAACAUAGAUGGAGAAUGUUGCAGCGAUCUUUAAUUGAAGCAGUGGUGGAUCUUCUUGCAUCUGGUGGAAAGGUCUUUUUGCAAUCCGAUGUCGAAGAGGUAGCAAUAAGAAUGAAAGAACAAUUUUUAAGAUAUUGCAAGGGUAAGCUUGUUUUGGAGAAUGGCCAAACUGAUUGGCUUGAUGAAAACCCAUUUGGAAUUAGGUCAGAUUGGGAAAAACAUGUUUUAGAGCGUGGGGCACCUAUGUACCGAAUGAUGUUUUCUAAGUUGUCUGAAAUAAGUGAAGUUUCAUGUUCAAAUGAUGUAGUUCAAAAAGUUGUUUAAUUCAUCAACCGUUCAAAGGUUUACUUCAAGUUUGUUCAUGAACCAAUCAAAUUGAACUAUACAUAGCUCCAGUUCAGCUAAUUAAUUUAACAAGCUCAAUUUCCAGCUUAA